CAGUUUUGUCUCAUGUCUGUUUUCUGUUUCUUUGCGAAGUGUCGUUGGCGAAUUGAUAGUGCGUUGUAGCUUGAGCAAUUUAAUAUUUCGUGAAAACUUAGGAAUAAAUUAAACAAUUUUUCAAGAUUUAUUCGUGGAAAAAUAGGAAUUUUACAACGAACCGAAUUGCAAAGUUUAAACGAAUCAUAGGAAUAAACCAUAGAAUAUUAGAGUAAGCCACCUUAAUAUUUUAAACACCAAGACAUAAAUAAAAUAUUAUGGAUAUAACUCCGGGUCGUGCCCCAUUUACUGAGGAUGAAGAUUAUACACCAUUGCGAAAGCCAAAGUCGGCCAGCAAUACACCAACACACGGCGCUACGUCGCAUUCGCUAACUGCGAAUCCCACUGACGCUUAUGUACGCACCGUGUCGCCAUCAAAACUGUCACCGUACGCUAAAGAGUUCGUGCCGCGCUUCGGUGGCAGCGGUAGCAACUCGGCGGUUGGAGCUCAAGAGCGGUUAGAACGUCAUCAACAACAGUACAAUCAGCAAAACUAUCAACAAUAUCAGCAGCAACCGGCGCGUCUACAACGCUACUCAAAUGGUUACCAACAUAAUCAUAAUCUUAGCCAUAAUCAGCAACAAUACGGUCAACAAAUCACCUCACUGACUGCGUCUGUGCAGGAGCGCUUGAAGAUAGGAGCUGGUGCCAGCAGUAGUGGGAGUAAAAAUACUGCCAAUAAUUAUUACAACCAACAACAACAACAACAUCAACAGCAUCAACAUCAACACCAUCCCAGACAUAACAAGCAUCAUAAUAAUCAACAGUCGCAACAUCAUCAUAAUCAGCAUCACGGUGGACAAGGCCGCUACCAACGACACAAUAAUGCCGGUGCAUCCAGUUCAACUGCCGGCAGUGGUAAUACCGGGUCAGAUGUGGAAAUGAUUGCACUUGACUAUUUGCAGACCGUCAUUCAAUGUCUUAAUCAAAAUCCUGGCCAAUUUGACACAAUUGCCACGCGGUUUCUUACCAUAUUUGAGGGAAUGGAGAAUAACCAAUAUGUACUCUCGAAUGCCAUGGAAGACAUUUUUAAUGAAUCUAUACAGAAUCCCAACUUCCGCUACAUGGGCGCCAAGCUCUACAACCUUUUGCACAUGCUCAACUUAAAGAAAGACUCGCUUUUCCACACGCUGCUCAAGUGUAAGCUGGACUACCACCAGCAGGAGGUUUUGCAGUAUAUGCAGAGUAACCAGCAACAAAAAGUGCGUGAAACAGCUCUCUUCCUCGCCGAAUUGUAUAUGCAGUUGCGCGGUGAUGACACUCGUAUCCACCUAAUUGCUGAAAAUAUAGUGUAUUCACUUAAGCAAUUGCUGUCGAAGGAGUCCUCAGACAAUGUCCGUUGCAUUUGCUUAACACUGAAAUUGGCGGGCUAUGAUCUGACUGCGGACUGUCCCACUGAAAUGCGUGAAAUUAUAGAACGUUUAGACGCUGUGAAUGUUAAGUGGCCGGGAAAAUAUCCGCUGGCGGCAAAUGUUAUAUCGUUGCAGAAGAACAACUGGGGUCGAAAAGUGAAUUCGCCAACUGCAGAGGUUGAGGCUGCGGCUACAGCGGCGGCGAAAACUCCCGAACCGUUGCGCAUGAGUGAUGAGCCUAUCUUUUAUGGACCGGAUGGGCGUGAACUUACAGCAGAAGAAACUGACUUUUUAGCAGACGGGGCAGCGGCUAUGCCGGGUAGUGGUUCUACAGAUGAAGACGCUGAUCUCGAUGUUGAUUUGGAUCCCGAAAUGGACGAGGAGACUGAAAAAGCUUACAAAGAGUUUUGCAAGCAAAAUAAUGCCAACACAUAGGUAAAGGCAGAGCAGCUCAACGGCAGUAGAGUAGUUACGCAUAAAAGGCGGAAAAAUAUUGACCAUAUUCCAAAAACUCGAAAUUCAUGCAGCAAGAAACAGUAUGCAUAUAAAAGUAUAGUACCCUGUCAAUGUAUCAUUAAGUGUCUAUCCAAUUUCAAGGCAUUUUAUGUGAAAUUAAUGCUGUGAGAUUCUGGACUUUUUUAGAUAAUUUCUUGGGGGUUGCUUUACAAUUAGGUUGAAAUUACAGUUGUCGCAUGUGAUGCUAAAUCAAAAAGGAAAUAAAAAUUAACUUAAGUAUAACUAAUUUAGAAUUUUAAAAGGGAAAGGACCAUAUAGUAGAAUAGUGAAAGACUACUUUUACUUUUGUGUGAAAUUAUUCAAAAGCGAUCUUGGAUGUGAUAUUAUUAAACGCAUAAAUUAUUAGUUAUUUGGCGAUUGUCUAAUAUGUUUGUUGUAGCUUUCAAUUUAGAUGUAAUAUUUUUUUCAAAUUUGAAAAAAAUUCUAUUACUCAGAACCUUAGCUGAACAUUAAAGACUUAUCUAGAAGCAAAUUCGCGUUUUGGUUUCUUGUUUUUUCGGAUAUCAUGGUAAUAUCUCUUGUCUCAUACGUAUGUUUUCGGAUCCUUUGUUUUAAAUAUACAUACAUAAUAUGUAUUUAUAAUAGGCCUCUAAAUUUUAGUCUUUCAGCGAGUAUUUACAUUCAUUUCCGAUUAGUCAUGUUCUUAAUAAUAAACUCUUAAUACCUCGAAAUUGCUCUAGACUGAUUAGCGAACGGCGAAUGAUUAACUGUAAUUUCAGCUCUCCGAGGGCUAGUUAACAAACGGAACUAAUUGGUCGAUUUUUGUUUUAUUGCCUUCCGAGCUUCCGUUUUGAAUAGGCGUCUAAGAGUUUAUGUUCGUUCUUCGUCACGCCCUCACGUCGUCACUAUGACUUAAUUUUUUAUAUUUUAUAAUAAGCAACUUAACUCAUUUAUUUCCGUUUUGUUUGUUCACGAUCUUCUCUCAAAUUAAUUAGAUGCAUGCACAGUUGGUUAAUUUCUUGCAUUUUAGUUAUGCAUGAUAUUGUACAAUUUUGACUGGAAUUGUAAACGAAAUUAAUUCGAUUUAAUAUUUGAAAUGUUUAACUCGUCUUAUUUCCUUUAUAAAAUGACUAUGUAUGGCUAUAAAAAAUUAAAGCGAAAAAAAGUUAAAAUAAUUUAAAAACGAAAAUUGUGAAAAAAAUAUUAAAUUAGUUGUAAAAUAAAAACAAAAAAACGAAACAAAAAAAU